AUGCCGAACCAGAUCUCUAAGCAGUGGUACAAGGACGACUACCUCAUCUCCACCGACCGGUCGCUCCUCGACCUCGGGGCCAUCAACGACGCCUUCGACUCGGAGCUGCUGUGGUGGACGAAGCGUGUGUCGGAGGACGGCCUACGUAGGAUUGUUGACAACUCGCUGUGUCUUGGUAUCUACAAGCUCCCUGGGUCCACCGCCGAUAUCGCAGGCAAAAAGGGUCCCGAGCUCGUGGGCCUCGCUCGAAUCGUCACGGACUAUGUCACCAUUGGCUACCUGGCCGACAUCUACGUGCUGCCCUCGCACCAGGGCAAGGGCCUGGCUCCCUGGCUGAUGGAGUGCCUAAACGAGAUCUUGGACGAGUGGCCGGACCUGCGGCGCUUCUUGCUCUUAACCUCGUCGCCGCAGGCGAGCAAGCUGUAUGAGCAGGCGUUGGGAACUGUUGAGUGGGGCCAAUCGCACUCAGGGAAGCUGUAUCUGCUCGAGAAGCGAGGCCCCGUGAUGCCCGAUGGCCCGGCGGACGCCGACGACGAAGACUGA